AUGCUAUUUCCCAAUUUCAUCUUUUCUGAUUCAAUUAACUUCGAUCCACAGUUUACCUAUCUAUUUAUUGAUUUUUAUUCGCGCCUCUUUCUAGUGUGCAGUGUGCUGAACUCAAUCGGAAGGUUCUCCGCAAUGACACCUCGGAAGGCGAUUGGUUUCAUUGGCGUCGAUGAGUUCACCUUGGAGAUGGCGUAUUCGGCUAUUCACCAUGGCUACGGUGUGCAAGCUUUCGAGAUAAAUAGUCCCGCCAUUGAAGAACUCGUGAAGCUUGGAGGAGUUAGAUGUUCAAGCCCUUCGGAAGCCGGGGCAGAUGUAACAGCUGUAGUUAUCCUAAUAUCUCACAUAGAUCAAACUAAUGAUCUCAUUUUUGGUGAUGAGGGUGCUUUGAAAGGUCUAAAAUCAGAAACAGUUCUUAUUCUCCGGUCGACCAUAUUACCAUCAUUUCUCUGUAAACUGGAGAAGGAUCUUUCAGAAAUUCAUGAGAUUGCUUAUGUUGUUGAUGCAUAUGUCUCUUAUGGGAGAUCCGAUGCUUUGAAUGGAAAAGUUACAAUUGCUUCAUCUGGAAGACUAGAUGCCAUUGCUAGAGCACGGCCUAUUCUUUCUGCAAUGUGUGAAAAGAUCUUCACUUUUGAGGGUGAAAUUGGUGGUGGCAGCAAGGUUAACAUGGUUAAUGUGAUGCUGGAAGGCAUUCAUUUUAUUAAUGCAGUGGAGGCUCUCUCUCUUGGUGCCAAAAUUGGAAUUCAUCCUUGGAUAAUCUAUGAUAUAAUUUCCAAUGCUGCAGGAAAUUCAUGGGCGUUCAAGAAUUAUGUUCCCCUUUUGUUGAAGGGAGAGGUUAAUCAUCAAAUUCUAAACACUUUUGUUAAGGAGUUGGAAAUCAUUUUGAAUAUGGCCAAGUCACUUACCUUUCCGCUUCCAAUUUUGGCUGCUACUCAUCUACAACUUAUUCACGGGCUUUCGCUUGCCGAUAGUGGAGAUGAUGUUACAGUUUGGGAAAAGGUUUAUGGGGUUAAAAUUUCAGAUGCUGCAAAUGCUCAUGCCUAUAACCCAGAGGAACUGGCAUCUGAAUUUACUACUGAUUCUAAGAGUGUGAGAAGGAUUGGUUUUAUCGGCCUUGGAGCUAUGGGAUUUGGCAUGGCAACUCAUUUACUGAGUUCAAAAUUCUGCGUUGUUGGUUAUGAUGUGUUUAAACCAACUCUAACUCGAUUUACAAAUGCUGGUGGCCUAAUAGGAAAUUCUCCUGCUGAAGUGAGCAAAGAUGCUGAUGUUCUCAUAAUUAUGGUCACUAAUGAAGCUCAAGCAGAAAAUGUUUUGUAUGGAGAAAAUGGAGCAGUUUCAGUUCUUCCAUCAGGAGCAUCAAUUAUUCUCUCUUCCACUGUUUCCCCUGCAUAUGUGAGUCAGCUAGAGCGCAGAUUGCAUAGUAUGUUACUCAACCACAAUAGGAAGCCUCAUGCCCCAACUUGUAAUAAACUUGACAUUGAAUAUUGGAGGUUCCACAAUCAUGUCCACAUCGACCUCCACGGCCAAAACCAGCAAAAUUACAACGAUUACCACCACAAUUACCACAGCCAGUAUCAAAGUUUUCAGCUGAUGGUUGAGAACAUGAAUUCACGUAGUGAUAGGAACAGAUUCGACAGAUAUAGCUUGAGUAGGAGUCAAGAUGAAGGUAAGAAUUUGAAGUUGGUGGAUGCCCCGGUUUCUGGUGGUGUUCAGAGGGCCUCAUUGGGAACACUUACGAUAAUGGCUUCAGGAACUGAUGACGCCCUUAAGAGUGCUGGUCAAGUCUUAGCAGCCUUGAGUGAGAAGCUUUAUAUUAUCAAAGGUGGUUGUGGUUCUGGAAGUGGCAUAAAGAUGAUUAACCAAUUGCUUGCUGGAGUUCAGAUUGCCUCGGCUGCUGAGGCAAUAGCAUUUGCAGCUCGGUUGGGUUUGAAUACAAGACUGUUGUUUGAUUUUAUUACAACUAGCGGGGGAACUUCCUGGAUGUUUGAGAAUCGUGGCCAACACAUGAUAGACAACGAUUACACACCUUGUUCAGCACUUGAUAUCUUUGUGAAGGACUUGGGAAUUGUUACUCGUGAAUCAUCUACGUGGAAAGUUCCACUUCAGCUAUCAACUAUUGCUCACCAACUAUAUCUGGCAGGUUCUGCUGCAGGCUGGGGACGGAUUGAUGAUGCAGGUGUGGUCAAGGUUUAUGAGAUGCUUACUGGUGUAAGAGUUGAAGGAAAACUCCAGGCUCAAAGGAAAGAUGUCGUGUUACAUUCUCUUCCACCAGAGUGGCCCCAAGAUCAUGUUCUUGAUAUACAAACACUAAAAGAAAACAAUUCAAAGGUUUUAGUUGUUUUGGAUGAUGAUCCGACAGGAACACAAACUGUUCAUGAUAUUGAGGAAGCAGAUGCUGUUGUUUCAGUGUUAGGUGAAAUGGAUGCAUGGAUAAUCUGUCCCUUUUUCCUUCAAGGAGGUCGUUACACUAUUGAAGACACACACUAUGUUGAUGAUUCUGAUACGCUUGUUCCUGCAGGGGACACAGAGUUUGCCAAAGAUGCUUCCUUUGGCUACAAAUCUUCAAACCUGCGUGAUUGGUUAGAGGAGAAGACAAAUGGCCGAAUACUUGCAAGUAGUGUUGCAUCUGUUUCUAUCCAACUUUUAAGGAAAGGUGGUCCAAAUGCAGUUUGUCAGCAUCUAUGCAGUUUGCAGAAGCAGGGAACAAUAUGCAUAGUUAAUGCAGCUAGUGAAAGAGACAUGACUGUAUUUGCACUUGGAAUGAUCAAGGCAAAACUUCCUUCUCUUUCAUGCUUUUUUGCAGAAUUGACGGGAAGACGUUUCUUGUGUCGAACUGCAGCUAGUUUUGUCUCUGCCCUUAUGGGAAUCAUCUCUAAGCCUCCAAUUUUGCCAAGUGAUCUAGGAAUAGCUGGAGAAAGGAAUGGUGGUUUGAUAGUUGUGGGAUCCUACGUUCCUAAAACAACAAAGCAGGUGGAAGAAUUAAAACUACAGUGUGGCCAGUUCUUAAAAAGCAUUGAGGUAUCAGUUGAAAAACUUGCAAUGAGUCCUAUUGAGGAGAGGGAGGAGGAAAUCAGUAGAACGGCUGAAUUAGCAGAUGUAUAUCUCAAAGCUCAUAAAGACACUCUAAUAAUGACCAGCCGAAAUCUCAUAACUGGAAGAACUGCGGCUGAAAGUUUGGACAUUAACUUUAAAGUGAGUUCCGCUUUGGUGGAAAUAGUGAAAAGAGUAACUACAAAACCUCGCUAUAUAAUUGCAAAGGGUGGUAUUACGUCUUCAGACCUCGCUACAAAAGCCCUUGGUGCAAGAUGUGCGAAGAUAGUUGGACAAGCACUUGCUGGUAUUCCCUUGUGGCAAUUAGGCCCUGAAAGUAGACAUCCUGGAAUUCCUUAUAUUGUCUUCCCUGGUAAUGUUGGUAACAGCACAGCAUUGGCAGAAGUUGUGAAGUCCUGGACUCACCCAAUCAGAUUUACAUCAACAAAAGAAAUUCUUAAUAAUGCAGAAAAGGGUGGUUAUGCUGUUGGAGCAUUUAAUGUCUACAAUUUGGAAGGAGUUGAGGCUGUUGUUUCGGCUGCAGAGGAAGAACAGAGUCCUGCUAUAUUACAGAAAAACGAGGGGAAAAGAAAGAUACAUCCAGGUGCCUUUAAGCAAGGAGGAAUUCCCUUGGUUGCUUGUUGCAUUUCUGCCGCACAACAAGCCAGUGUUCCCAUUACUGUUCACUUUGAUCAUGGAACUUCAAAGCAAGAUCUUGUCGAAGCUCUUGACCUGGGAUUCAGUUCUGUUAUGGUUGAUGGUUCACAUCUUUCUUUCAAUGAAAAUGCUGCAUACACAAAAUUUAUAACAUUACUGGCGCACUCAAAAAAUAUGCUGGUUGAAGCUGAGCUAGGAAGAUUGUCAGGGACAGAGGAUGAUUUGACAGUAGAAGAAUUUGAAGCCAGACUAACAGAUGUGAAUAUGGCAUCAAAAUUCAUAGAUGAGACUGGAAUAGAUGCUUUGGCAGUGUGUAUCGGAAAUGUGCAUGGAAAGUACCCUGCAAGUGGUCCAAAUCUCAGAGUUGAUUUGCUUAAGGAGCUGCAUUCUUUGAGCCUUAAGAAAGGAGUUUAUCUGGUGCUUCAUGGUGCGUCUGGUUUGAGCAAAGAACUUGUAAAGGAAUGCAUAAAUCUUGGUGUUAGAAAGUUCAAUGUCAACACUGAAGUAAGAAAAGCGUACAUGGACUCCCUCAUUACCCCCAAGAACGAUCUAGUUCAUCUCAUGGCUUCUGCAAAGGAAGCCAUGAAAGCUGUGGUUGCAGAAAAGAUGCAUCUCUUUGGUUCAGCAGGAAAGGCAUAA